AUGAAUUUGACAGAAUGGAUUGUCACCAGUAUAAUGAUGACAGAAUUUCUCUUAGGAAUCUGUGCCAAUGUCUUCAUAAUGAUAGUGAACUCCAUCAACUCUAUGAGGAGAAGAAAGAUCUCCUUGGCUGAUCGAAUUAUAACUUCUCUUGCCAUCUUCAGAACUGGUUUGUUGUGCGCAAUGUUAAUGAACUGGCAUUCAAAUGUGUUUGCUGCAGAUACGUACAAUUUACAAAUGAGAGCUUUCAGUGGAAUUUUCUGGGCUACAACCAACCAUUUUACCACUUGGCUUGGGACCAUACUCAGCAUGUUUUAUUUAUUCAAGAUAGCCAAUUUUUCCAACCAUCUAUUUCUUCUUCUAAAAAGAAAACUUGACAAUGUUCUUCUUAUGAUAUUCUUGGCAUCUUUUCUGUUUUUUGUUGCAUAUCUUGGGGUACUGAACAUCAACAGGAUUGCUUGGAUGAGUAUUCAUGAAGGAAAUGUGACAAUAAAUAGCAAACUGAAGGGUAUACCAAGCCUCAAAAAUAUGUUUCUCUACUGCGUGAUAAACAUUGUACCAUUUGGUAUAUCACUGACCUGUGUUCUGCUCUUAAUCUAUUCCCUAGGCAAACAUCUCAAGAAUAUGAAAUUCUAUGGCAAAGGAUGUCAUGAUCAGAGCACCAUGGUCCACAUAAAGGCUUUGCAAACUGUGGUCUCAUUUCUCUUGUUAUUUGCCACAUAUUCUUUCUCUGUAAUUAUAUCAGGUUGGAGUUUGCAAAGAGCACCAAACUUCUUAUUUUACAUCACAAUUGGUGCCUUCUACCCAGCAGGUCAUUCUUGUAUCUUGAUUUGGGGAAACCAGACACUUAAACAGGCCCUUCUCUUGUUUCUGAGGCAGAUGAGAUGCUGA